AUGACAACAUCCCGUCCCGACUUCUAUCUCUCAACUCUUCACCAUCAAUUCACUAGCUACAUACAUUCGUUUACUCGGAGCUUACGGGAACCAUAUCAUUUCGACAUUUACAUCGCUCACUUUCCCCCCCCCUCUGUUCGAUCGGAAGCCUUUGGCCAAAAUGGCCGAUAAGCAGUACUAUGUACCCGGGAACGAUCUCAGGUAUGGCGGCACCGCUGCUCAAAUCCCCAAGCUGGAGGAUGAUCUGGGACACGCAGGACCACCCCCUCCUCCAGGAUCCGGGCAAUUUAUACCCGCACAACAAACAGUCGCCUCUUAUCCCUGGUACCAUCCUCGCGGCUGGUCGCUACGCACAAAGUUGAUUAUAGCAGCUGCGGCUGUUGUCAUCAUCAUCGCAGUCGUUGUUGGAGCUGUCGAGGGUACAAAGAAGAGCAAAUAUCCCAACUACUCCAAGCUAGAUUACAAGCUGGUAGACACGUACUCGGGGACCUCGUUCUUCGACCGUUUUGACUACUAUUCCGGCGAAGAUCCCACCGAUGGAUUUGUUCAGUAUGUCAACCGUUCGACAUCGAACUCGCUGAAUUUGACCUAUGCAACCGACGAAUCCGUUGUGAUGAAGGUGGACACGUCGAACAAGAACGCAACCAAUGGCCGACAGUCCGUGCGACUGGAGUCGAAAACGAGCUACGAUACCGGUCUAUUUAUCUUUGACAUCCUUCAUACGCCUUACGGCUGUGGGUUGUGGCCUGCGCUGUGGCUAACCGAUACCUACAAUUGGCCAGAAAAUGGAGAAAUUGAUGUGGUGGAGACCAACAACAUCGCGACGGAAGGAAAUGCUGUCACCUUGCAUACAACCAGCGGUUGUAAGAUGAAUGUUAAGCGGAAGGAGACUGGUACUCCUAAUUACGUGACCUGCGACAAUAGCACGCAUGGAAAUGCGGGAUGUGGCGUGCAAGGCUUGCCCAACACGUAUGGACAAGAGAUGAACGAGGAUGGCGGUGGAGUCUACGCUUUGGAAUUGCGGGAUGCUGGCAUCCGAGCUUGGUUCUUCCCACGCAGUUCCAUUCCCGACGACGUUUCGAACUCGAGCAGCACCCCAGACCCAUCGACUUGGGGAACCGCGUUGGCUGACUUCCCGAACACGCAUUGCGACAUAUCUUCGCACUUCAAGAAUCAAAGCAUUAUUGCAAACAUCGAUCUGUGCGGACAACUCGGUGCCAACCGGGAGUUCUAUACGGAACUGUAUCAUUGUCCUGGCACAUGCGAAAGCUUCGUUCGCAGCAACCCUGGCAAUUUCACCCAGGCGUACUGGGAGUUUAAGAGUUUCAAGGUAUAUCAGGCUUAGCUGGAUGCUUGGCCCAAAGGCUUGUGUUGGUUCGAUUGGUUACGAUUAUG